AACUCUCCUCCAGCGCGAGAGCUGCUCUCUCUUGCUCGUAGCGAGGUCGCAGAUCCUCACCGCCGGCGAUCCCCCGCCUCCGUUUCGGUACCGCCGCCGCCGCCGCCGCGAGAGAGGGGAGCAGAAUGUUGCAGUGCGUCUUCCUCCUCUCUGAUUCCGGGGAGGUGAUGGUGGAGAAGCAGAUGACGGCGCACCGCGUGGACCGCGGCAUCUGCGGCUGGUUCUGGGACUACGUGCUCGCCCACGCCGCCGGCGACGCUUCCAAGGUCUUGCAGGUGGUGGUCUCACCGACGCAUUACUUGUUUCAAGUUUAUCGAAAUGGGGUGACAUUCUUGGCAUGCACCCAAGUGGAGAUGCCCCCGUUGUUGGCUAUCGAGUUUCUCUCACGGGUUGCUGAUGUCCUAACUGACUAUCUUGGAGAUUUAAAUGAAGACAUAAUCAAAGACAACUUCGUACUUGUGUAUCAGAUUUUAGAUGAGAUGAUGGACAACGGUUUUCCACUCACUACUGAGCCAAACAUCUUGAAAGAGAUGAUUGCCCCACCAAAUAUUGUCAGCAAAAUGUUGAAUGUUGUGACUGGUAAGAGUUCUAAUCUUGGUAACAAACUUCCAGAUGCAGCUGCUUCUUUUGUACCAUGGAGAACAACUGUUGUCAAGGAUGCAAGUAAUGAAGUCUAUGUUAACAUAGUUGAAGAACUAGAUGCAUGUGUAAACAGAGAAGGAGCUCUAGUGAAAUGUGAAGCAUAUGGUAAAAUUCAAGUAAAUUCUAGCCUUCCAGGUGUACCAGAACUGACCUUGUCAUUCUCUAAUCCUACAAUUAUCAACGAUGUGAGGUUUCACCCUUGUGUCCGAUUCAGACCUUGGGAGUCCAAUCAGAUCCUUUCGUUUGUUCCCCCUGACGGGCAGUUCGAGCUCAUGAGUUACAGAGUUAAGAAAUUGAAGACCACACCAAUUUAUGUGAAACCUCAGUUAACAUCAGAUUCGGGGAAUUGCCGUGUCAAUGUGAUGGUGGGGAUUAAAAAUGAUCCUGGGAAAACUAUUGAUUCUAUAACAGUGCAGUUUCGAUUGCCCCCACUUAUUGCUUCUGCUGAUUUGACUGCAAACUAUGGCACAGUUGAUAUUCUUGCUGACCAGACCUGCUUUUGGACAAUAGGGCAGAUUCCAAAAGACAAAGCCCCGUCUCUCUCUGGGAAUUUACGCCUUGAAGAAGGGCUUACUCAUUUGCAUACAUUCCCAACGUUUGAGGUGAAAUUCAAGAUUAUGGGGGUUGCACUAUCUGGGCUUCAAAUUGAUAAGCUGGAAGUCAAAAACACUCCCAAUGCUCCUUACAAAGGUUUUCGAGCCCAGACUCAAGCCGGAAGGUAUGAGGUCAGAUCUUAAGUUUCUGUGUAAUUCACAGCUGUUGUCUGCACGUCGAAACCAACAUGAUACCAUAACCCCGGGGGGUGGGCUGGCAAGGCAUCACGAUCAGUCAGUUCGUCCAUGGGCAGUCUGCUCCCUAGAUCAAUCUUUCUUCUCCUCGUCGGCAAAGCCACAGAAUCUUCGCUGUGUUUAUGAAGGCGAAGAUUUCUUCGUAUAGAUGUUCAGUGCCUGAGAUCAAGAUUUUGAGUUCUGCCAUAUCCCUUCUGUUCACCAUCCAUUUCACUGAGUAAAUCUGUUAAUGUUGAGUAUUUCCUUUGAACUACACAUUGAAAAGCGGUGGGUGUUUUUGAAGUGAAUAGGUUUUGAACCCCCAACUCCUCAACAACCAGGGCUAUUAUUUCCAUGGGCGUCAUAGCUGUUGUGUUUGCAUUUGUAAUUUGUAAACAGCUGUACAAAAAUUAGCAGGUGCCUGUAACUCUUAUUUAAAGGAAAAAUACUACAACUAGUUUAGAUGUGAUCUGCAAGCGAAA